AUGGACGGUGCUCAAUCAGAAGACGCUUCGGUUUCCUCGCCAAAGGAGGAAGCUUCAACUAUCUCUUUGAGGAUAUUGUCGCCAUCGUUCGAACCAAACCAGCGCUUGUCAUUCGACAAGCUAUCACCAUCCACAACCGUUGGAGAAGUCAAGAACCUUAUCGUGCCUCUCGCUCCGAAUCACCCCACCCCAGACCAACAGAGGCUCAUUUACCGUGGGCGGCCUCUCCUGAACGACAGCGCUACCCUUCAGACGGUCUUGGAGCCUCCAUUGGAUGCGGUACAUACAUUGCAUCUUGUUCUACCUCCCGGACCCGAAAUUUCGAACAACAUCUACGUAUCGUCUGACAGCGGCUUGCGCUAUAGACACCCUCCAGGUCGAAGUCCCAAUCUCAAUGCCCAUCAUUACACAGAUCCCGUUGCUACAGCUACCGGUCUACAAGCGCCGGGACAAACGUCAACUCUACCACCUCUUCCAGCGCUGAAUAAUCCAGCGACGCAGACUGCAACCCCGAUUACAGCGGGCCAGCAGCCAAAUGGAGAAGCAAUGCGACAAGUUCUUGAGCAACAUAGGCGAAGGGCAGAGGAGCUCAACCUGGUUGUUGAUAGAGCCAGGGCUUUGAUAAACACUCACACGACUCGUCUGCGGAUUCAGGGUAUAAAUAUACCACUCGGUGACAAUCUUGGUCAAGCGCACCGUCCAUCUUUGGACAGUUCUGCGGCGCCGCCACCAGGGACGAGUAUACAAGCACCUAAUUCACACGCAAUCGGUACGGAUAACUUUAUAAAUAAUGCAGUCUCCCAAAGUCUGGUGUUAGCCCGCAUUACAUCUCAAAUUAUGCUAUUCGAGCUGGAAAUCGAGCGAGGUAUAACCCCCUCGAUAGACUCUAUCGCGGCAGUUCGCAAUCAGCUGUACGCUAUUCUUGACGCUCGCUACCGUCAACCCCCAUCAAGUCCAUCGGGCAUCGAGGUUGAAGGACUACUGUCGCGUCUGCAAAAUGUCACCGCUCGUGCCUAUCAGCUUCGCCAACUUGAGCAUAUCCGCACUUUGUCUGCAGCGAAUACCAGCCGUAUCGAAAGUAACCCUCAAACUACCCAAUCCUCUGAAUACUACCUUAUCACGACUCCAUCAGGGGAACAGAUGAUGUUGACACCUCCGCCUUCGACAGUCCAGACUAGUCCAGAGACCGUUCUUGUGUUCCCGGAUCGACAGCCAGUUAGGAACGAUGUCGAUCCAUUAGGCGUUAUGAACAACGAUGUCUUACAUAACGUCGUCCGGCAGGCGGUCUUGAACCAACAACCAGUACGAAACAAUAACAACGACCAAUUUGCACAGAAUGUCCGACGCUUUUGGCUCUUUUUACGUCUAUACUUUUUCUGCUAUCUAUUCACCGACUCGAAUACUUGGGAAAGAUAUCUCUUCGUGGGGCUGGCCGCACUCAUUGCGCUAUUUUCUGAGUCCAAUAUCACAAGUCGGCUAUUCAGUAUUAUAGUACACCCAAUCCAACGCCACCUGGAGGGUCUUAUCCAUGGCGAGCCUCCUGCUCGAACGGAGCAAAGUAACGACACCAAUAACGACAACGUUGAUAAUAAUCAACCAGGACAGAAUCGAGCAGCAGCAGCCGGUCAACAAGGCUUUCGACGCAUUGAGCGUGCCUUUGCUUUGUUCAUUGCGAGUUUGAUUCCGGGUCUGGGUGAGCGACAAGUAGAAGUUGCAGCUGAAGAAGCAGCACGUAAUGCCCGAGAACAGGAACAAGCUCGUAUAGAUGAAGAAAAUGCGCAGAAUGAGGGACAAGCUGAGGGCGAUCCCGCAGUCGACCAAGGUGAAGUACCUCCUGCAGUUGCGGAGGCUACUGGUAAUGCUGAGGUGCCACAGCAGCAGCAACAACAAAUUCAGCAAGAGUAG